UCUUUUCCCCAGGACUGGACCCGUGGAAGGACAAAGCUGUCCCGCAGAGCCCAAGGCCCAGGGGCUGGAGUGGGGGCUCAGGGCCUCUUUCCAGCUCCCCUGGAGGAGGGGCCAGGGCUGGGCUCAGCCUCCACUUGAGCCGUCAGAGGCCAGGCCUGCACACCAGCCUGGGAGCUGCUGCCGGGCCUGUUGCUGAGUACUGGGCCCAGGAGGUUUGCCCAGGCCCGGCGCCAGGCUGCACAGGGAAGGAAUGAAGCCAGGAGCGCCUCAAAGUCCAGCCGGGUGGUGAGCGGCUCUCACCGAGGAACAUGGAGUUGGCAGCGCCAGGGCUCGGAGCUUCAGGAAAUGGGGUCAGGACUGCGGCAGCUCGGAGCUCGGCACCAGGCCCUGGGGCCAGCCUGCACGCCUACGACAUCGGGGUCCUGGUCGUCUAUUUUGUCUUCGUUGUGGGCGUGGGGGUCUGGUCAUCCUUCCGGGCAAGCCGAGGCACCAUUGGCGGCUACUUCCUGGCGGGGAGGUCCAUGACUUGGUGGCCGAUCGGAGCAUCUCUGAUGUCCAGCAAUGUGGGCAGCGGCCUGUUCAUCGGCCUGGCUGGGACGGGCGCUGCCGGAGGCCUUGCUGUGGGCGGCUUCGAAUGGAACGCAACCUGGCUGCUGCUGGCCCUCGGCUGGGUCUUCGUCCCUGUGUACAUCGCAGCCGGCGUGGUCACGAUGCCGCAGUACCUGCAGAAGCGAUUUGGGGGCCAGAGGAUCCAGGUGUACAUGUCUGUGCUGUCUCUCAUCCUCUACAUCUUCACCAAGAUUUCGACUGACAUCUUCUCCGGAGCCCUCUUCAUCCAGAUGGCCUUGGGCUGGAACCUGUACCUCUCCACGGUGGCCUUGCUGGUGGUGACGGCCGUCUACACCAUCGCAGGGGGCCUCACAGCCGUGAUCUACACGGACGCUCUGCAGACGGUCAUCAUGGUGGGGGGAGCCCUGGUCCUCAUGUUUCUGGGCUUCAAGGAGGUGGGCUGGUACCCGGGCCUGGAGCAGCGGUACCAGCAGGCCAUCCCCAAUGUCACAGUCCCCAACACCACCUGCCACCUCCCCCGGCCUGACGCCUUCCACAUGCUUCGGGACCCUGUGAGCGGGGACAUCCCUUGGCCAGGCCUCAUUUUCGGGCUCACGGUGCUGGCCACCUGGUGCUGGUGCACGGACCAGGUCAUUGUGCAGAGGUCUCUCUCCGCCAAGAGUCUGUCCCACGCCAAGGGAGGCUCCGUGCUGGGCGGCUACCUGAAGAUCCUGCCCAUGUUCUUCAUCGUCAUGCCCGGCAUGAUCAGCCGGGCCCUGUACCCAGAUGAGGUGGGCUGCGUGGACCCUGACGUCUGCCAGAGAGUCUGCGGGGCCCGAGUGGGAUGCUCCAACAUCGCCUACCCCAAGCUGGUCAUAGCUCUCAUGCCCAUUGGUCUGCGGGGCCUGAUGAUCGCCGUGAUCAUGGCCGCCCUCAUGAGCUCGCUCACCUCCAUCUUCAACAGCAGCAGCACGCUGUUCGCCAUUGACGUGUGGCAGCGCUUCCGCAAGAAGGCAACGGAGCAGGAGCUGAUGGUGGUGGGCAGAGUGUUUGUGGUGUUCCUGGUCGUCAUCAGCAUCCUCUGGAUCCCCAUCAUCCAAAGCUCCAACAGUGGCCAGCUCUUCGACUACAUCCAGUCCAUCACCAGCUACCUGGCCCCACCCGUCACUGCCCUCUUCCUGCUGGCCAUCUUCUGCAAGAGGAUCACAGAGCCUGGAGCCUUCUGGGGCCUCAUGUUUGGCCUGGUGGUGGGGUUCCUGCGCAUGAUCCUGGAGUUCUCCUACCCAGCCCCAGCCUGUGGGGAGGUGGACCAGAGGCCGGCUGUGCUCAAGGACUUCCACUACCUCUACUUUGCCCUCAUCCUCUGCGGCCUCACUGCCAUCGUCAUGGUCACCGUCAGCCUCUGUACAACCCCCAUCCCUGAGGAAAAGCUCGCUCGCCUGACGUGGUGGACACGGAACCACCCCCGCUAUGAGCUGGAGAAGGAAGCCCACGAGGACACACCAGGGACAUCGGAGAUGGAGAUGCCACCUGGUGUGCACCCUGCAGGAGGCGGAGGGACCCAGAACCCCAGCCAGGGCCCGGAGCAGCACGGAGCCCCUCGCAGGUCCUGCGGAAAGCUGCUCUGGGGCUGGUUCUGUGGGCUCUCCGGGGUCCGGGAGCCGGCCCUGAGCCCCGCGGAGAAGGCCGCGCUAGAGCUGAAGCUGACCAGCAUUGAGGAGGAGCCGCUCUGGAGACGCGUCUGCGACGUCAAUGCUGUCCUCCUGCUGGCCAUCAACGUCUUCCUCUGGGGCUACUUUGCCUGACUUUGCGGACCUGGCUUCACCAGAUACAUGAAACACAGCCCAGCCUGGCCGGGCACAGACAGGCCUGCCUCCCACCUUGCUGUCCAAACUGCAGACCCCCCAGGCUGAGACUGCAGGACGCCUGGAGAGCCCCGGACCCAGCCUGCACGCGUGGCCGGUGGUGAAAUGGAGGCCCAGAGAGAGCGCUGGGCCUGCCCCGGGCCACACAGCAGGAUCCUCCCUGGUGUCCUGGCUCCGGCUCUCUUGCCAUUGCAUUACCUUAAAGUCCUACCUCAAAAACCCUGUGUCACCUUCUUGGUGAGUCUUCUCAGAGGCAUUUACUCAACAUGUGUCUUGAGGUUAGAAAGUGAAGGGUACGAGAAAAGGAAUAGUGAGCAAGUUGCAGAAAUCCACGUGCAUCUUUGCUCACCCAUAUCCCUUUCUUCUCCCCCUUCUCCAUCCUUUCCAUCACUGGUUCCCAAUCCCACAUCAACUAUUCCUGGCAGGCAUGUACCCAGAAGGACCUUCCACUUCCACUGGGGGCUCCAUGUGGUGGCUGCCAGGCCCACAGGAGUGAGAGCCCCGGUGGGAUCUAAGCAUGGUGACAGGUGGUGCUCGGGGAAGGGGUUUGGGGUAAGGGACUCUCCUUGGCACUACUCCAAUCUGCCUAUUCCCAAUCUCACCUCCAAACAUGUGCACAUCUCCACGGCCUUGAGGAACUGAGGGAAAUCAUGCCACAAUCAGGAAGCAAAAAGUAGUGGAAAAUGUCUAGAUUGGAGGGUCCCAUGGGCUGGGCCAUAGCUGGUCCAUCUGUCCUCUGUGUGCGAGAGCAAUGGCACCUUCCUUGUGGGUGCACGUGACUCCUCACCAGGGGUUCACAGGUGGCACCCAGAGCUUGGGCUGCAUGUCCGCCCCUCCGUGCCCUCUUGUCCAGGUGCAUCUGUGCAGGGCACCACCUGCACACUGUGAGUGGCAGCCUUGCCGUGCUGGGGAGUGACUGUGUCUGGGAGGUCAGCAGAGGUCACUCAGGAAUGAGGUUCCCUGCUGAACUUGGGAUUUCCUCGCCUCUUCCCUGUAUGGCCGCACUAGUCUCUUAACUGUUAUCUCUGUUCUCGGCCUCUCCUCUUCCAAUUCACCGUAUGCCCUAUAGCGAGAAUAAUCUUUGUAAAAACAUAUCUUGUGUCAUGUUCCUGUUCCAGGUUCCCUCUGAGUGAUGUUUCCUAGCUAGGCAUGAGGCCUUGCUAGCAAGACUCCCAGGGUUCAGCCUUGGGCUCCCUGCUUUACCCCAGUCAAAGGUAACCUGUUCUCUGCCAUGGUUAAGAGCAGGGACUUGGAAACCUGAACUUCUGGAACUAAACCUUAGCUUGCCACUUGCUAACUGGAUCAUAUUGACAAAGUAGCUUAGCCUCUCUCUCAGUUUCCGUUCUACAGAAUGGGGAUGGCAAUUGCAGUUACUUCAUAGAGUUGAGAGAAUCAUAUGACUUAAUUCACAUAAAGUUUUUAAUAAAGUACCUGGCACAUAAUUACAGUGCUCAGUGAACAGUCGCUAUUAUUACUACCAUUAAAAAGUAGCAGGUGAGGGGCACCCAGGAGGCCUGGCACACAUAGUCAUGAUAUUUUAGAGCGAGCACAGCAUGCUGUCAGAGCAAAGGGGAGGGGCACUGAUUUUUCCUGAAGAAUCAGGAAAGGCCAGAUUGGAACUGGACUUUGGAGGAUGAACAGGAGUUUUCUAGGAGGAGUCAUACAAGGUAGAAGGACAGGGUGUGCAAAAGUGCAUGCAAGGUUCCCACAAAAUAGCGGUAUUUACUCAUUUGCAAAUACCAACCCUAUACAUUCACUUUCCCCUUAUAUAUCAUGCCUCUCUCUCUUCUCUAAGACAGUAAGCUUUCCUGACCAGGGACAGGAGAGAAUGGGCAUUUGGCCACUGUAGCAGUGGCUGUGGCCGCCCCACUCAUGUCCCCAGGCACUCACCAAUCCUGUGUUGGCAACUUCCUGCUGAAGCCCUUGCAACUCUCCCCUGAGGGCUUUCUCUGGCUGUAGACAAAUCCUGGCUGCCUGCAGAGAACAGUCUGGAAAUGCUGGGAAUUCGGAGCCUGGGAGCAGCCCUCAAACAGUGGCAAACAGGGGGAGUCCGUGGCUGAGCACUGCCAGUCCCGGCCCAUCCAGAGGGACAACUCAGAGGCUUGAUCUAAACCAUCUCCAGCGGUUCUCAGGGGACCGAGCCCCAGCCGCCCAGUUAGUCUGCUCAUGACCACAUCUGAAUAGCGGCCUUCCCUCCCCUGUCUCAUGCCCCCUCUCUCCUGCAUUGUCUCCUGGGAUCCCCUUCCAAAUAAACCACAAACUUGCAUCUGGCUUCAUGUAUUGCUUCCGAGGAAAACAAAUAAGAGAGUCUUUUACAACUUGAGGGUGCUCUGUCCUAGCUUAAUUUUGCUAUAAGUUGCUCUGUGACACCCUUCCCCCACCCCACCCCCGACUCAUACCUCAGUUUCGGCAUCCUUAAUAAGAGAGGUUUAAAUUAUAUUAGAUGAAAUCCAAGAAGCCUUCCAAUGCUGACAUUGUGUGCUGAUUCAUUCCCACAUUUGUCUCCUUGGGGCUGGGGGUGGGUGGGAGUGGAGGGGGGAGUGGAGGUGUGCAGGGGAAGCCAGCCACAUGCCAGCCCACUUGAGUAGAAACAGCGCAAAUAGAAAAACACUGAAAAGUCGUUUUCAGAGAAUUGAAAUGGCUUUGCCAGGAGCAAUAAUAACAUUAAGAAGUAGCUUUGGACUGUGAAAGGGCAAUGUUUAAAAACAAAUGGUGCUCUUAAAAAGACUAUGAAGAAAUGUUUUUGAAAGUGAUUUGCAAUUGAGCUGGGGCACAGAGCACUCUAAUAUGUGAGGCCCGUGACUGUGUCCCUGGGUGUGAGAGUUCACGCUGGUUGGAAGGGGGUGGACACCGCUCAGAAGCCAGGGCGCGAGUGUCAGUUUCCCAUUAACCUGGAAGUGCCGCCUCUCUGGACGUCCAGCCCUAGGUGAGAUUACUGCAAUUUCUUCUUUUCUCCAGAGUGAGAAGCGGGAGCACUUUAAAGGUUCUAUAUAAAUAUAAAUCCUAGAUACUUAAAUGGAGCUAGUUACAGUUUACUUUCAUAUUUCAACAUCAAAUCUCAGCUUUAGCCCAGACUCACAAAGUAGAAAUGUCAGAUUUUUACUGUGUGUGAUCUUACAUAAAAUCUACAAGCUUCACUUGAAAAGGGAAAAACCCACCAGUACACUCCAUCCCCUGAAUAGAAUACAAACGCCCUCCCUGGUCCACCUCUCAGGAGGGUUUGCACGUACAUUUUAGAAGUAUAUGCAUCCAAAAUGGGAGGGAGUCUCAGGAGUCAGCUAGUUUGCCCCCUUUUCCUCCUUGUCCAGGUUCAGGAUCUCUCUGAGCAGCCUCCCUGACAGGCAAGGCUCCCAUCCUGUGCUUGGUGAGGAGGUCAGGGCUGUAACACCGCCUUAAAUCCCUGCUCCAGGCAACAGCCAGCCUCACGGAGCUAGUAUUAGAUCUGUUUCUGUUGGAGGCACUGAUGUUGCCCAGAGGGUCAGUGAUUUUGGGAUAGUGCGUUACCUGGGACUUUAUUUUGUGGGGAACAGGGAAAGGGCAAGGGAGAGGGCGAAGCUCUUUGUCCAGUCAGGCUUCUGGGAACUGGCUUGGAUCCCGUGUUAUAACAGAACUUGCAGGGGGAGGGGGAGAAGUGAGGACAGAGGACCUGUCUCAGCUGUGGGCAGUUCUGUGAAGAGGCAGCCUUCAACCUGUUGAGGAUUCCGGCGGCCACACAGUCCCCUUCCCAAGGUCUCACCCCUUCAAGGGCAGCCCAUAUCCAGUGACUAGUAAGUAUAAAGAUGAGGCUCUUUCAUGUGAGACUACGUUGGUGGGCCUUUUUAGCUCGAGGCCCCGAGGGCCUGGCCCCGCUGCCAUCAGACCUAUGUCACAGCUCACUUCCCUCCGCCCAAUCCUGUGUCCUUCCUCCCACUGGGACGGAUGCAGGGCCCUCCCUAAUAAACAGCGUGCACACCAGACUCCAUCUCAGAGUUCGCAUCCCACCUGUGAGGGGUGUAAGCGGCCAGCCAGCUCCUCUGACCUUGGCUAGCCGUGGCACUCACUGAUCCCCCCUCUGCUGACUAGACCUCCACAGACACUCCUAACAAACCACAAGCCUGUGCCUUCUCCUGUGGACUGCUGAGUGGCGGUGGCUGUUUUCUGUUUUACAAAAUAGUGUUAACGGGCUCCAAUCAAUCCAGUUGGACAAGUAAUAAAAAAACGACUGUGUGUUCAGCAAAUAAUUCCAUCCCAGCUGCCCAAAGACCCUCAUAGCAGAAACCAUGAAGCCCUGUGUGUCUUAUUUUCUCUCUGCUGCACCCUUGAAGUGUUUGCUGACGUUGGGAGUCUGGUAAUAAUCACUGUCCCUAGCCAUGUUUCUCACUCUUCAGGAAAUUCAUGGCCGUCCCACACUGAGGUCCGAUGUUCUAAUCGGCCAAUCCAUUCUCAACUUCCCAGCUUUUGGAUAUAAAGGGGGAAGAAAAAUAAACCUCUGUAAACUUCAAGGUCACAAAAACUGUGCUAGAAAAAGUUCCCCAUGGAAACACUGGAUGGCCACAGAAGACAGGUUUUACUAAUAGAAGUAAAUAUAUUUGAGACUUCUAUGCACUGGCACAGAUUGAAUGAACCAAAACCAGGGACAAAAAAUUGCUCAUUCAAAACCUUUAGAAGGGAUUUAAUUUUUUGCGUGCUUUCUUUUGCUUUGGUUUAUUUGUUUCUGUCUUCGUAUGCUUCCUUCACAACAAAUCUGAAGCCCAGUAAAUUAGGCAAAGUGCAUCUCGCAUUGUACUCAAAUUACUCUCAGAACACAGAUUGCGUAAUAGGGUAGAGAUGCAUAAGCCGUUACAAAUCAGAGGGAUUUCAAAUGGAUUCAGUCUUUAAAAUGUAGCUGCAUGAAUAACAGUAGCUGAUGUUCACUGAGCACUGUGCCAGCCACGGUGCUGAGUGUUUCUAUGAAUUACCUUGAUUAACCCUCCCCACCCACCUGAGACAGGCAGGACCCCUGUGUUCAAAGUGAAUGAUGCCCUGGGCCUGAGUUUUAUUUUCCCUUUCUCAGUGGAGAUGGAAGCAGAGGCUGAUUCAGCACCUUGCCUUGAUCUCACACAGUAGGUGCACAACUCCCCCAGCAGGCUGAUUGGACUCAGCCGGGCUCUUACUGCCCUGCUCUGUGCCCGCUCCUCUGCUGUUAUGAGACUUAAUUUAAAUGGUAGGAGAGGUAGUCUCUACUUCACAACUUCCUCUACCUUUGUUCUGGCUGCUCUCUGCCUGCACCAUCCUAUACAUCUCUGCCUGCUGAAACCCCAUGCAUCCUGUAAGGCCCAGCUCAAAUGUUUGUAGAAACUUCCCUGUAUUUAUUAGAAUUAGGGUGAAGUGUUUGGAAGGAAUAAGAAACCAGUCGCCUAUUUCAAAAUGGCUGCACGGAAUACACAACGCCCUGCAUUUCAGCUCUUUCAUUUGUGUUGUGGUAGAAGAAAGGUUUCCAUUUUAGAGAGAAAACACUGGGUGUAAAUAAAAUGAAUCCUAAUGUCUGUAUUGGUGGUAUAUUGCUGCAAAUAAGAGAGAGAAUCUGAUAUUUACACCUUCUUUCCCUCCCCCAUCUCCACAUUGGUUUAUAAUCAGUACAGAAGAACUGCAAUUGAUAGCGUGUGCUAUUGCCGAGCAGCACCAGUAGUCCCUUCAUUGUACUCGCUUACAUCUGGCAAGACCUCAGGUCUCCCUGGACCCAUUUUCUCUCUGUGUCUUAUGAACAUUAGGAACUUCGACAGGCCACCUCCUUUAUAGUCACAUAUAACCUAACCAGCCCGAGAACCGUUCCAUGUGUCCGGUUUGCUACUUUACUUCUGACAAGUCCUAUUAAAGAGAAGGGGAUAAACUGACUUGCGUUGCAUACAAGAUGUUGCCUACACCAACGCCAGGCAGGGAGGCAAGAUGAACAGCCGGAGCAUAUGGCCGUGAGCCGGUGGCAGAAAGAAACUCGUUCUCGUGAGCAACAAGGAACAUCUUGAAACGUACAAGACAUAUGGGUUUUUGGAAGAAGACUGAAGUGUUUCAUAAUAAAAACAGGACAAAGUGAACCAUGAGUGCUGAACAAAGUUUUAAUUGAAAAUGGGUUUUAGUCUUCAAUGUGAAUAUACAAUAUGCUCCACAGAUGGAUUUUAUAUUUAAACCUUAUCCAAACCAAAAAGUAAGUGAGACAAAUAAAGCUUCUGAAAAUGGCAUAAAGGCUACAAUGUAUGUAAACAAUGGAGAGUUCGGGUACAAACAAACAGGGAGGGAGAAGCACCCUCUACCCCUCAUUUUCUGCUUGCAUGCUGCACAAGCAGAUCACAGAACCUACCUUCGCUGUGAACACACUCUCCUCAGUUUAAGUAUAUAAUAGACCAGUGAUGGUGAACCUAUGACACGCGUGUCAGAGGUGACACGCGAACUCAUUUUUUUGGUUGGUUUUUCUUUGUUAAAUGGCAUUUAAAUAUAUAAAAUAAAAAAUAAAAAUAUAAA